UGCUUCCCCCCCUACCCCCCUAUCUGCGGUGGCAGGGCCUGCGGCGGCAGGCUGCCUGCCCUGGCGGGGAGCUGCGGGCAUGGCGGCGGCUGUGGGGCGUGUGCUGCGGCUGGGUGGCUGUUGGAGUGCGUUGGCACUGCCCGGCGGGCUGCGCGCCCAGAUGUUAAGGCUAAUCUAUACCACUACAGCAGUGCAGAGGAAAAACAUAGGAGCCUCAGGACCUGAAAAGUACACAGAGGAAUUUAUUAAAAAACAGAUUGAAGAGUUCAACCUAGGAAAGAGACAUUUAGCCAACAUGAUGGGAGAAGAUCCAGAAACUUUUACUCAAGAGGAUAUUGAUAGAGCUGUUGCCUAUCUCUUUCCUUCUGGCUUAUUUGAUAAACGAGCUAGGCCCAUGAUGAAGCAUCCUACUGAAAUUUUUCCAGAGCAGAGGAAAAUCCAGUGGGGAGAAGAUGGCCGACCAUUUCACUUUCUUUUCUAUACUGGCAAGCAGUCAUAUUAUUCAUUAAUGCAUGAAACAUAUGAAAAAUUGCUGAAUCUUCAGAAAUAUCAAGACCAGCUCUUAGCUCAAGACCUUCCUUCUCAGAAGGAAAAGAGAAACCUGUCUGGCAGCAGAUGGCUGACUAAGAUUGAAUUGGAAGAAAUGUUGUUAGAGAAACUGUCAGAUGAUGAUUAUUCAAGGUUUAUUCAGCUCUUAGAAAAUAUGAUGACGUUGCCGUGUGGUGAUGCAGAGGAGAAGUAUAUACAGAAGUUUUCCAAAGAAGUUGCUGUGCAGCUAAAAAAGGUAGAUAUUGAGCCCUUGAAGUACGAUGAGCGAGGAGUGGCUUUCAGCACUGGUGAAGGUGCCAGGAAAACUGCAAGAGCUACUGCAGUAGUUUAUGACAAAGGGACUGGAAAAAUUACAGUUAAUGGAAUAGAUGUUUUACAUUACUUCCCAGUGCUGCAGGACAGGGAACAAUUGUUGUUCCCUUUCCAGUUUCUUGACAGGGUUGGAAAACAUGAUAUGGUUUGCACAGUCUCUGGUGGAGGAAGAUCUGCACAGGCUGGAGCAAUACGUUUAGCCUCUGCAAAAGCCUUGAAGAGUUUUGUGACGGAAAAGGAAGUGGAGUUCCUGAGGCAAGCUGGACUACUAACAUAUGACCCACGUGUGAGGGAACGAAAAAAGCCUGGUCAAGAGGGAGCCAGACGGAAAUUCACAUGGAAAAAGCGCUGAGUAUUUAAAGAAUGACAGAAUGAUCUGAGACUUUCAAAACAAAGAAUUGUGAUUUAAAACUAUUGUAUAAAUAUAUUUAGUAAUAAAGACUUUUUCAAUUACAA